AUGCCUAGCGAAGCCGUGAGCUCUGUACGGCAGCUACUGUUAACCUUUGAGGCGACGUUACGGACCAGUCCGACUAAUAUUGAUGCUUACAAUGGCUUAUUGGGUCAUCUGGGUGAAAUAGUGCAGAUAUCAGCCAAGGACGAAAGCUUCCGGAUGGAACUGGCCUCAUCUGAGGAGCUAUGGAGCAGAUUUAAAGUUGCAAUUGGAAAAGCUAGGGAAGUUGCUGGCAUGGUAAUGAGUGAUCAAGAGACAAGCUUUAUCUACGUGCGAACACUGAGAGGCCUCACACUAUUACUGAGGAACAUGUCAGCCUGUGAUCUGCCGUUUCCACGGCAGAUGAAAUUUCUGGAUGAGUGUACUGUGACGUUUUUGCGAAUCGCACAACUGAAUCCCAACAUUGAUGAAAUGUUGAUCUCCUACUACACUAUUACUACAGGCUUUUUGCAUAAUAUCACCAAAGACAUGACUGCAUAUGAAAAUAUGGCUUUGGAACCAUUGAUGCGUUUUCUGGAGUAUCCAACUGAGCAUCUUAUCAACGAUCAAAAGCUCUCUUACUGCUAUUGCACGCUGUUUUUGAAUUUAACUGCCAGCGAAGACUUCCUGUAUGCUUUCUUCAGGCAGACGUCUUGUAGCAAAAUAAUACAUGACAACAUACUUGGAGGCGUCGCCAGACAUCACUCCGUCAUACUCAAGGGCCUAGGUAAGGUGAAUGCCGAUGAAGAGAAGUACGAGAUCACCUCGCUGGAUGCGGUUUUAUUGAAAACAUUCGCUAGGCUUGCUGCUAAUGAAUCGUUUGGUCACUAUUUAGUUCAAUGCGAGAGGGAGAAUGCUGACGUGUUUUUUGAUGUGCUGAAAUGUCUACGACUUGUGGUAACAAGUAGUGAAAGGUGGGACAAGUUUACACUUACUGUAUUGAUGACUUGGUGCUUUCCAAUAUUUGAAAGGGCCGCCCAAUCUACUGUAUCAUACUUGGAGAAGAAAGCUACAGAUGAGCAGGAGGCAAUUAUCUUACACAAUAAGCUUACUAUGACGAUGGACAUAAUGUCUACCCUGGCCCAAUAUGAUCAUGUUCAAAAAUUUCUUCUGUCAUAUGGUGCCUUAGAGAUUCUAAUUAGAUUACUGAGAGCCUUGCAGAACAACCUGGUUCGCAUUAACUUUUACAAGAACCCCAAUGGCACCAUCAAGGGACUGAAGACGACCGAUGGCCUGGGAAGUGAACUUACUGAUGAGCAGCUACUUUCCAAGAGAAUUGAUUACAGCAACUUUCACAUAAAAGCGACAAAUUUUCCAGAAUGCAAAUUAUUGAUCAUUGAAAUACUGACUACGCUCAUUCACAAUAGACGGGACGUUCAGGAUAAAGUACGGGAAUUAGGCGGCUUAGAACUGAUUCUUUCUAAUUGCACAAUAGAUGAUAAUGAUCCAUUUAUUAAGGAGAGAAGUGUGAUAUGCAUCAAGUUUCUGCUAAAAGAUAAUGCUCCCAACCAAGAUUUCGUUGCUAAGCUUGAAGCGAAGAAAGUAGUUCAGGAGGAAGCUUUGUCUACCGCAGGCUACGAAGUUAGAAUAAAUAGUUCCGGCGAACUGAAAUUGGACACAAUAAGUGACGACAAAUGCGAUGGAACAUAG